AAAAAAAAAAAAAAUUGUCAUUUCUAAUGCUAGGAUAAAGGCUUAUUUUCAGAUUUAAUUACUUCCCCUCCCCCAUUUAUAGAUUGCCUUUUAUGAUGCCAAUGUUUUGACAAGGAAAGCCGUAGCUGAACUUGGCUUUCGACAAGCCGGUGUUUGUCAUACCACACGAAGCGUCUCGGCCUUGUCUUUCUCGAGUUCUGGUAUGUAUAAAGCGACGUGAUAAAAAAGAAGGAAAGAAAAAAGAAAAUAAGAUAAACCACAAUUUCCCCUAAUUGCUAUUAUCAUCGUUACCAUUUCUACAAAAAAAGGGCAAUUCUUAGUAUGCGGCACUUCCGGCCGAACAAACGCAGGCGAUGACGAGAAAGGCGACGGUCUCGUUAGAGUAUUUGAUGUAAUGCACGCCCGAGAGAUUGAAUCUGCAGUGUCUGGCCACGAGGACGUCAAUGUUGUGGAUUUCAGCCCUUGUGAACGUUAUAUCAUCAGUUGUUCACAUCGCAAUGAAAUCGCUGUCUUUGAUCGCCGUUUCAUGAACCGUCCGCCAUUGCACCGGCUUCAUCAUGCGGAUACUGGGGAGGAUGACUUGAAUGCAGGUAUCACAUCAGCGCUCUGGUGGUCACAGGGUUCAGGAACCAGUCAGUCCAUGUUGAUGACGGGUGGAGGUGACGGGGCGGUCAAACUAUGGGAUAUUCGCAGAGCUACUGAGGAUGCAGAGACUUGGUCGUUUGAAGCCAAUCUAGGCCCUAUCGCACGCCUAGCCGCAUCACCUUUGUUCGAACACUUAAUUAUUGGCGGGGAUUCUGGCACUGUCAGCGUUUAUACGCUUGAUCACAGCAUGAUCUCGCAUUAUAAGGAUCAUCCCAUGACUCUUCUUUCAUACGACAAUUGAAUAUAUCCCUCCGCUCUUCACAUCCUAUUGCUGUAGCUGCUCAAUAUGUAUCAUAGUCUACAUAAUGUAUAUUUAUUUUGAAAAAAG